CCUCGGUCGGGACCUGCGCCUGGUGUGGGCGGGCCGGCGCAGGCGUAGUGUGGCCAGCACGCCUGAGCGCGGGAAGCGGUCCUGCACCGGUGCUUGCCUCCUUCUUCAGUCGCGGAGGGUCGGUCACCCGGGUAGGUAAAGGAAAAGAUGCCUGCCACACAGAAGCCGAUGAGAUACGGACACACAGAAGGACACACAGAUGUCUGUUUUGAUGAUUCGGGGAGUUGUAUUGUGACUUGUGGAAGUGAUGGUGAUGUGAGAAUUUGGGAAGACUUGGAUGAUGAUGAUCCUAAGUCUAUUAAUGUUGGAGAAAAGGCAUAUUCGUGUGCUUUGAAGAAUGGAAAAUUGGUCACUGCAGUAUCCAACAAUACUAUUCAAGUCCACACAUUUCCUGAGGGAGUUCCAGAUGGUAUAUUGACUCGCUUCACCACAAAUGCAAACCAUGUGGUCUUUAAUAAGGAUGGAACAAAAGUGGCUGCUGGAUCUGCUGACUUUCUAGUCAAAGUUGUGGAUGUGAUGGAUUGCAGUCAACAGAAAACAUUUCGAGGACAUGAUGCCCCUGUUUUAAGUCUUUCCUUUGAUCCUAAGGACAUCUUUCUGGCCUCAGCUAGUUGUGAUGGAUCUGUCAGAGUUUGGCAAAUUUCAGAUCAGACAUGUUCUGUUAGUUGGCCACUGCUACAAAAAUGCAAUGAUGUGAUAAAUGCAAAAUCAAUCUGCAGACUUGCUUGGCAGCCGAAAAGUGGGAAGUUACUAGCAGUUCCUGUGGAAAAAUCUGUUAAGCUAUAUAGAAGAGAAACUUGGAGUAAUCAAUUUGAUCUUUCAGAUAAUUUCAUCUCUCAGACCCUUAAUGUAGUAACCUGGUCUCCUUGUGGGCAAUAUUUAGCUGCAGGAAGUAUUAAUGGUUUAAUUACAAUUUGGAAUGUGGAAACCAAAGAUUGCAUGGAAAGGGUGAAACACGAGAAAGGUUAUGCAAUUUGUGGCCUGGCCUGGCAUCCUACUUGUAGUCGUAUAGCUUAUACUGAUGCAGAAGGAAAUCUAGGGCUCCUGGAGAAUGUUUGCAACCCCAAUAGAAAGAUACCAAGCAGUAAGGUAUCUAGCAGAGUGGAAAAAGAUUACAGUGACCUUUUUGAUGGAGACGAUACAAGUAAUGCUGGUGAUUUUCUGAAUGACAGUGCAGUCGAAACCCCCUCUUUCCCGAAAGGCAUUAUGCAUGAUGAUGAUGAUGACACCGUGCUGGCUUCAGGUCGUCCUAGACAGCGAAGUCACUUCCUAGAAGACGAUGAAAACUCAGUGGGUGUUACAAUGCUAAAAAGUGGUUCUAGUCUUCUCAAAGGGGAGGAGGAAGAUGAUGAGGCAGACAGCAUUCACAAUCUGCCACUUGUAACACCCCAAAGGCCAUUUUAUGAUGGGCCUGUGCCAACCCCCCGGCAAAAGCCCUUUCAGUCAGGUUCUACACCCUUGCAUCUGACUCACAGGUUCAUGGUGUGGAACUCUAUUGGAAUUAUUCGCUGCUAUAAUGAUGAGCAAGACAAUGCCAUAGAUGUGGAGUUCCAUGAUACCUCCAUAUACCAUGCAACACACUUAUCAAACACUUGGAAUUAUACAGUAGCAGAUCUUUCCCAUGAAGCUAUUUUGUUGGCAUGUGAAAGCACUGAUGAACUAGCAAGCAAGCUUCACUGCCUGCACUUUAGUUCUUGGGAUUCAAGCAAAGAGUGGAUCGUAGACAUGCCUCAGAAUGAGGAUAUUGAAGCCAUAUGUCUUGGUCACGGAUGGGCUGCUGCCGCCACGAGUGCCUUGCUCCUUCGAUUGUUUUCUAUUGGAGGAGUUCAGAAAGAGAUCUUCAGUCUUCCUGGGCCUGUGGUGUCAAUGGCAGGACACGGAGAGCAGCUUUUCGUUGUUUAUCACAGAGGAACAGGAUUUGAUGGGGAUCAGUGCCUUGGAGUUCAACUGCUAGAGCUGGGGAAAAAGAAGAAACAAAUUUUGCAUGGAGAUCCUCUUCCUCUUACAAGGAAAUCCUACCUUGUAUGGGUUGGAUUUUCAGCUGAAGGAACCCCCUGUUUUGUGGAUUCAGAAGGCAUUGUUCGAAUGCUUAACAGAGGGCUUGGUAAUACGUGGACUCCUGUAUGUAAUACAAGAGAACACUGCAAAGGAAAGUCUGAUCACUACUGGGUGGUUGGUAUCCAUGAAAAUCCCCAGCAACUGAGGUGCAUUCCUUGUAAAGGUUCUCGAUUUCCUCCCACCCUUCCACGCCCUGCUGUGGCUAUAUUAUCCUUUAAGCUUCCUUACUGUCAGAUUGCAACAGAGAAAGGACAAAUGGAGGAACAGUAUUGGCGAUCAGUUAUGUUUCACAACCACCUGGAUUAUUUAGCUAACCAUGAUUAUGAAUAUGAAGAGAAUACUAAAAAUCAAGCAAUAAAACAACAACAGGAACUUUUAAUAAAAAUGUUUGCACUUUCCUGUAAACUGGAGCGGGAAUUUCGUUGUGUGGAACUUGCUGAUCUAAUGACUCAAAAUGCUGUGAAUCUAGCCAUUAAAUAUGCUUCUCGUUCUCGGAGAUUAAUAUUGGCCGAAAGACUUAGUGAACUGGCUGUGGAGAAGGCAGCAGAAUUGGCCACAGCCCAGAUGGAAGAGGAGGAAGUAGAAGAAGAUUUCAGGAAAAAGCUGAAUGCUGGUUACAGUAAUACUGCUACAGAGUGGAGCCAGCCAACGCACAGAAAUCAAGUUGAAGAAGAAGCAGAGGACACUGGAGAAGCUGAUGAUAUAGAAGAAAAAUCAGAAAUACGUAAGCAUGGGCAGAACCCAUUUUCCAAAAGUGCAAAUUCUUCUGAUGUGCCAGCUGUUAAGUCGGGUGCAGUUACCUCUAGCAACCAAGGACGAGUAAACCCCUUUAAGGUAUCAGCCAGUUCGAAAGAGUCAGCCACGUCAGUGAAUUCAGCACGUUCUAAUAUUUUAGAUAACAUGAACAAAUCGAACAAGAAAUCUGCACUUAAUCGAGCUGCAAGUAAUGAAAAGUCUCCGGUUAUAAAGCCUCUAGUUCCAAAGCCAAAGUCGAAGCAGGCAUCUGCAGCAUCCUAUUUCCAGAAAAGAACUUCCCAAGCUGAUAAGACUGAGGAAGUAAAAGAAGAAAACCCUAAAAAUUCAUCAUCUGAAACCCCAGUUUUGUGUCCUGAAAACAAUGAAAAUCAAAGGCAAAAGACUGGGUUCCAGAUGUGGCUGGAAGAAAACAGAAGUAAUAUUUUGUCUGACAAUCCUGACUUGUCAGAUGAAGCAGACAUAAUUAAAAAAGGAAUGCUUCAAUUUAGAGUAUUGUCAGCUGAAGAAAGGAAGGCUUGGGCUACUAAGGCCAAAGGAGGAAUGGCAAGUGAUGGAGCUGAAGCAAAGAAGCGAAAAUGUGUGGUUGAUGAAAGUCAUGAAACUGAAGACCAGAAAGAAAAAGCAACGGAGAAUCUGAAUUUGCCUAAAAAGCAUAAACCUUUAGAUCUUUCUACAAAUCAGAAACUGUCAGCUUUUGCAUUUAAGCAGGAAUAGAAUAAGGAAGUGACCUUAGGAAAGUAAUGGAUUUUUAUCACUCGUCUUUGAUGAAUCUGGAUUUUAAAAAUAUAUAUAUAUAUUUAGGAAACGCUAUAUAUUUUUAGGAGUUUAAAGACAAUUGUUUGUCUUUAUAAGACAAGGUCGUAAUUCUACUGGUGUUGGUAGCAGGGAAUGUGUUAAAACACUCAUUUCUGCAGAUUGCUUUGCCCGCACAUGGAGGGGCCGCCCGUUCAGAAGCACUGUGACGGUGGUCUCUGACGUGAAGCCACUAGCAUGUCCCAGUGAAAAGCAGUUUGAUUUUAUUUCUUACUUUCAAAAUAAUCCAAGCCAAGCAAGGUCUUAAAACCUCUGAGCAUCCAAGUACCUUGUACAGAUUUUCUCUUUUGGUUUAUGUCAUGUCCUGGGAAGUACUACAGUAGUUUUCUUCUCAAGUGCUUCCAUAGGUUGCUUUCUGUGUCUAUACUGGACCUAGGGGGCCAUGGUUUUUAACAUGGGCCCUAAACAUGUACAUAGUUUUGUAGAUGAGACUUUUGUUUGUUUUAGAAAUUUCUUCAUACAUGACUUUCAAUCGUCUGUAUAGCCUAGUUUUUAAAAAAUAAACUUUCACAUUUCCAUAUUUUGCUUGAUAUGGCUUUAAUAUUGCAUUUCCAUGAAAUGGAAAUGUUUCUAGAAAAUAUAUUUUAUAUUUCUAUCCUUAAUUUCCUCCACCAUCCCCGUCGUGCCAUACAUUAUACACACAGAGGCGAAGAACUGAAGAUAGUGUUUUGAUAGUAUUGCAGCCCAGGGCAUGGUGUGCUCCUGGUAAGGUACUCUGUUAUCAGCACCAAUAGAAGUUUACUGAGCAAGUUUUUGAAGCCUUAAUAGAGAGUAAUUAAAGAGUUAGGGAACAUAGCUUUCCAUUUUGUGUCCUGUCAAGUACGAUGACAGUGACAUGUAGCACAGCCUCAAGUUUGGUUUAUGUGGGCCUGAAAUUCUAACCAUGCCCCAGCCUUUGGAGAGUCAUUUUGGGGGAAGCCUGUGUGCAUUGUUUUAACCUCAUAACAUUGAUGAGAGCGAAGGGGAACGAAAGCUAUCAUAGUAAAGCAGGUAAAUUAGAAGCCUUUUGUAUCCCAAGUGUGGCUUCAACCGACCAAGCUGCAACGCAGUAUUGAUUUGACAGAGCCUCUGCUUCAGUGAUGUCUGUCUCAAAAUGGCUCCGAAUGAUUUCUGUACCGCAAAAUAAAGCCAGACUGGGAAUCAGAAAGAAGGAGAGGGAAAAGUGUUUAACUCCUUUUAUUUUGAGCAAGCAAGAUUAAGUAUUUCAUACAUUUUUGGUUAUUAUUCUAAGCAGCGCUUAAUACAAAUGCAGCCACUUAAUGAGGGCAACUUCCAGGGGUGGGGAUGGGUGUGAUAGUAGUAAAAUAAAAUCAGGUUAAAUUGAGGAUAGGUUGGAAGGAACAAAAUAUGUGGAAAAUUUAAAUGUAUACGAGCCAAAGGAUAUUCUUUAUCUCACAAUGAUUAAGGUUAAGAAGGAAUACUUGUCAGACUUUUUAAUUAGUAGCUGGUACUGAGAGACAUCAUAGCACAGUGGUUAGGAGCACAGGUUUCAAAACCAAACCACUUGGAACUGGUGACCUGUAAUACCUACCAGCUGAAUAACCUUGGGCAAGUUUUACCUCUGUCCACUCAUCCAUAAAAUGGGUUUAAUAAUAGUAUCUACUUCAUAGGGUUGUUUGAAUGAGAUAAAAGCACUUAGUUCCUGGCACAUAGUGAUGUUUAAUGUAAAAGUCAUCUGUUAUUAUGCUAUUAGCUAUUUCACCUUUCUUUGCCAUUUAGUUUGAUUCUGAGAGAAUUAAUUUUGAUUUCAAGAUCCUGUAGUAAAAGUUUAUUUAUAAUACUUUGGAAAGCAUGUUUGUACACAUGUAUUUUAUUUCCUCAAUUUGCUUAUUGUACAUAGUGUAUACUACUUAAGGAUAUAAUCCUUAAAUGUUCUAUUUCAGAUCCAUGAAACCUGAUAAUACCAUUCAAGGAUUUGCAAAAGGUUUUUUUAGUCCUCUCCUUUUAUUUGGUUGAAGGAAGGUCUUUGUAUUGACUUGGUUUAACUUACAAACCAGAACAUUGAAACCAAGAAACAUUAUCCUUAUUCCUUUGCUAUAUAAGAUUUUAAGCCUCUUUAAAAAUAAUGUUUUUUCAGAGAAUUGGGGCUUAAUGUUAGGAAAAUGGAAAUGGAAAUAAACUAAUAUAUUAACCACCAUCAUGAGAUCAAUAUUACCUAUUCUGAGCUUAUUAGGUACUGUAGAAAGUUGUCAUGUGCUUAAUUUUAUUCUUCAAUGGCAAAAACUUCUCAAAGAGGGGGAUAUUUUAUAGCUUUACAUUUAUCAAAAGGCGUCAUUAUCCAGUUAUUCCAGAAAGCAAGUGAAUGAACACUGGAUUAGGCCUGCCAGCUGUGAGGACAGGUACCCCACAGCCUCUUACCUCAGUGUUCUAGCCUGUGCUGCGCCAGUGUCACUGACAUGGAACACAUCCCCUAGACAAAAGGAUGAGAGAAACCCAUCCAUGAAGAACGCAUCUUAAUCAUUGACUAGUUGUCUUAUAGGCAUGUUUUGUUUUCCAGCUGUUUUAUUAUAGAAAUAUAUCAUUUUCCCCAAGUUUUUUUUUUUUUGAAAAUUUUCAAACCUACAGAAAAUUUCAAAUAGUACAGUAAAUAUACAUAUAACCUUUACCUAGACUGACUUGUUGACAUUUUGUCAUACAUACUUUACAAACAUGGUUUUUCCUGAAUCAUUUGAAAUAUGCAUCAUGGCACUUCUUCCCUCAAUAUUGCAUGUAUCCCCUAAGAAAGACGUUUUUUGACAUAACUACAAUAUCAUUAUUAUACCAAAGAAAUUUAACACAAGAAUAUUAUUGCCUAACAUAUUUCAUAUUAAAAUUUCUCCCAAAGUGCCCUUUAGCCUUUCCCCCCACACCCAAUGUAGGAUCAGUCAAGAUUCCUGCAUUGCACUUAAUUAUUAGAAGUACAUACUUUUUCAUACGGGAAAGAAUGAGGGAGAGCAUCCCCCUAAUCCCAAUACCCAGAUAUAACCACUGUUAACAUUUGGGUGUAUGUCAUUAGGUUUUUUUCUGUGCAUGUGUUCUUUUUUUUCCCCCCCACACAAGAAAGUGCAGUCCAAAUUCAUACGCCAUAGAGAUGUUUAAAAAAGAAAACAAGUCAAGCCUAAAAUUUAAAGUGCGGUGGCCUUUUGCUGGUAGUGGUCCUGUGGCUGAUAGCAAUUCCUACCUGCUUUGGAACUGUCGUUAAGGGCAAAAAACUGAUAGAAUGGAAACUAAACAAUGGAUCAGAAAGCCAAAAGUUUGUUCUUUGAAAGACUAAUAAAUUAGAAAAAUAUCUGGCAAGAUUAGUCAUAAUAAAAAGCAAAACACAAAUAAGUGAUAUUAGGAAUGCAGAGGAAUUUAUUAACUACAAAUGGUACAGAUUUUAAAAAGAUAAGCUUAUGGUAAUCAGUUUUAUGUGUCAGCGGGCUAGACUACAGUUGCCAGUUAUUCGUUCAAACACUAACCAAUGUGUUGCUAUGAAGGUAUUUUACAGAUUGUAUUCAAAUCCAUAAUCAGUUGACUUCACGUGAGAUUAUCCUAGAUAAUAUGUGUGGGCCUGAUUCAAUCAGUUGAUAGCCCUUAAGAGCAGAACAAGGUUCUGUGAGGGAGAAGAAAUGACACCUGUAGAAACCAGCUUCAGCUCAUGCCUGAGAUUCCCAGCCUGCCCUUCCUGAAGGUCUACCCUGUGGAUUUAGGGUUUUAGACUUGCCUCCCAGCCUCCACGAUUGUGAGUCAAGAGAUUUAUUGCAAUAAAUCUUUUAGUAUAUAUUUCCUCCUAGUUCUGUUUCUUUGGUUGAACCUGACUAAUUCAAGACUAUUUUAAAUAACUUUAUGACAAUAAAUUUUGAUGAAAUGAACAAGUACCUACAAAAGCAGAGCUUAUUAAAACUGACUCAAAACAUCAAAAAGACAAAUACUUAGGAAUAUAUUUAACAAAUAAGUUCAAAACUUAUACUUUGAACUACUAAACAUGUCGAAAGACAUAAAAGAAGACCUAAACAAAUGCAGACAUCCUGUGUUUGUGGACCAGAAGACUUAAUAUUGUUAAGAUGGUAGUCCUCCCCAAACUGACCUACAGAUUUAGUGUGAUCUUUAUCAAAACCCAAGUUGGCUUUGCAGAAAAUGACAGCUGAUCCUAAAAUUCAUAUGGAAAUUUAAGGGACCCAGAAUAGCCAAAGCAGUCUUGAAAAAGAACAAGUUGGAGGAUUCACACUUCCCAAUUUCAGAACUUACUAUGAAGCUAUAAUAAUCACCGCUUUGUGGUACUGGCAUGAGAAUACACCUAUAGAUCAAUGGAAUGGAACUGAGAGUCCAGAAAUAAACACAUUUACAGUCAACUGAUUUUUGACAAGGUUGCAAGGACAAUUCAAUGGAGAAAGGAUAGUCUUUUCUGUAUAUGGUGCUGGGACAACUAGAUACAUGCAAAAGGAUGAAGUUGGACCUCUAUCACAUCAUAUAAAAAAUUAAUCCCAAGUUGAUCAAGACCUAAAUGUAAGAGCUAAAACUAUAAGGUUCUUAGAAGACAACAGGCAUAAAUCUUUUUGACCUUAGAUUAAGCAGUGGUUUCUUAGAGAUAAUACCAGAAAAACAAGCAACAACAAAAAAAUAAAGCCAAUAUCAUCAAAAUUAAAAAUUUUGUGCUUCAAAAAAUACUGUUAAGGAAAAAAGAAAACAGACAAGCCACAAAACAGGGAAAAAUUUUGCAAAUCAUUUAGAAUAUAUAAACAACUCUUACAACUCAAUAGUAAAAGAACAAAUAACCCAAUUUAAUAAUGGGCAGAUGAAGGGGCAUUUCUCCACGAUAUACAAAUGGCCAAUAACACAUGAAAAGGUGCUCAAUAUCUUUAGCCAUCAGGAAAAUGUAAAUCAAAACUAUGAGAUACACUUUACACCCACUGGGAUGGCUGUGAUGGAAAGGAGGGACAGUAAUAAAUGUUGGUAAGGAUGUGGAGAAAUUAGAACCCUCAGACUUUGCUGGGAGGAAUGUAAACAUGGUUUGGCAAAUGUUAAACAGUUAUAUGACCCAAUAUUUCCACAAUUAGGUAUAAACCCAAGAGUAAUGAAAACAUGUCCACACAGAAACUUGUACACGACUGUUCAGUGCAUUAUGUAUAAUAGCGAAAAAGUAAAAACUACCCGAAUGUUAAAAUGAUGAAUGGAUAAAGUGGUCUAUGCAUA